AUGGCGUUCAACAAGAAAUAUGCCGGUCUUCCUGACCUGGACCUCGCCCCUGACAUCUACGAAACUCCCGAUCUCACCGACGAUGCCUCCACCAUCCAAACACAAACUAUUCGCACCACCUCCGACGAUGGUGUCCCUUCAACCAACCCCGACAUUGAUCGUCAACCCGUCAACGCGGACGCCGCCCGUGCUCACUUCCUAGGGGCCACCGUGGACGCCCGCGAUGCCAACUUCUCCGACAGUAUCGCCGCGAAGCGCCGCGCCUACCGCAGCAAGUCGCGUCGCCGCCAGCGCCGUACGGGCCCCAACGGGGUCGAGGAGGUUGGCGACCUGAGCGACAGUGAGGACGAAGGCGUCGAGCGGAAACUGGCGCGUCUCCGCCGCGAGGUCGAGGAGCUUAAGAAUGAGAUGGCCGCUCAACCGGACAAGGAACAGACCGGUCAAUCCGAGACGCAGGAACAGCAAAAGCCCACAGACGAUGGCAUCCUGGAACUCAGCCGUGCCGUCGAUAGCCUGUACGCGUCCGCACGGGGCACCCCGCAAGCAGGCGGUGGCGCCGCCGCCGCCUUGGCCCAGAAAUUGGCUGGAGACAGUGCCCCCGAGCCAUCUGCUCAGACGGCAGAUGGCGCAGCCAACCAGGGAGAAACCGCGGUGUCACAGGCUGCAGUCCCGGGACCCGAGCCCGCGUCGGCGAGCGUGCUCGCCCACGCGGCCGCCUUCGACAGCCGCUUGGCCCUCAUCGAAGCCGCCAUGGGUAUCAGCAGCGCGUCCAACCCCUUCCUCCCCACCGAUGCAGAGCAGCAGCCGGCCCUGCAGCCUGUGCUCCCCACAAUCGAGCACCUGACAUCGCGCCUCGCCACCUUAACCACCACCCUAGUCGGCCCGAGCCCCGUCUCCGCCCUACCGACAACAAGCCACGGCACGGCCUCCACAAUCGCAACGACCCCACACCUCGAAUCCCUCUCCACCCGCGUCCGCAAACUCGCCGCCGACGCAGAAACCCUCGCAACGGCGCGCAAACGCGCCCUCGACACCGCCAAAGCCGCCCAAAACGCGCGCAUCCCCCUCGACCCACCCACCUCCAACACCAUCCUCGACCCCGAUACCGACCCCACCUCCCCCAACCAAGCCCCCGCCUCUUCCUCCUCCUCCUCCACAGCCGAAGUCCUCGACCCAGCCGCCGCCCAGCGCGACGAGCAAGCCACCAAGAUCCAAGCCCUUUACGCCACCCUCCCCACCAUCCAAUCCCUGCACCCGAUCCUCCCCAGCGUCCUGGAACGCCUGCGCUCCCUGCGCGCCCUGCACGCGGGCGCGGCCCACGCCGCGGAGUCCCUUGACGCCCUCGAGCGCAGACAGGCAGAGAUGGUCGGCGAGAUUGCGCAGUGGCGCGAGGGUCUGCACGUUGUGGAGGAGAAGAUGGGACGCGGCGAGGAGGCGCUCAAGGGGAAUAUGGAGGUUGUGGAGCCUUGGGUGAGGGAGUUGGAGAGGAGGAUGCAGGUGUUGGGGGUUGAGUCGGAGUGAGUAGUAGCUUGCAUGAUGCGUAAUACCCUUUUUUAUUUCUUUUCAUUCAUUUCUUUAUUCUUGCAUUCUUGGCCUUUAGUGGGACUGUUUAUUUUGACGCUGUCUUCAUUAUGGUAUCGCCAACUGUACAUG